UCCUGCCAAAGUGCAAAAACAGGUUUCUGGUCCAUUUUAUAUUUGUAGGUGCAAAUUGUUUGUAAAUCUAGUUUGUAAAUUUACUCAUUCAGAACCCACUUCUGACCUGAAAUUGCAAUUGGAACACAUCUGUUUUGAGACUUACUUUGAGAAAAGGAUUCAGCAAAGUGACCUAAGAUUAUUGUGCCUUGUGCCUGAUAACAUUAGUCAUUGUAAUGAAGCUGAAAGAAACAAAAAAGCCAUGAGGGAGCUGAAUCAUUCCAGUGAAUUUUUAAGAUGAUGAAAUCCAUCAACACAUUUGAUGCUGGAGAUGAAGAUUUUGGAGAAGCAGAACAUUGGAGUUGGAGGAAGUGGCUUGUCAUCAGGAAGGAGAACCUGGGUUCAUCCCGACUCUCCGGGAUAGUCCUAAAGUGCUGAUUUGGAAUAGACACUGAACGAGCAGGCCAGAUGUUUCUUAAGGUACACUGGAGCCAGCAGAGCGGUGCAGAGAAUUGGACUGACAUUUGGAGGUGAUGAAAGCAUUGAAGACAGAUGACAUGGCUUCAUGUUACCAAAAAUCGCGACUAUGGCCAGUUUUCUAGGAAGGUCUCCCGGCCCCCAGAACGUCUUUCCCUUGGUUUGGAAUGGAUAUUGGUGGAACUCUUGUCAAACUUGUAUAUUUUGAACCAAAAGACAUCACAGCUGAAGAAGAGCAGGAAGAGGUGGAGAACCUGAAGAGCAUUAGGAAGUACCUAACCUCUAACAUAGCCUAUGGAAAUACCGGGAUUCGCGACGUACACCUGGAGCUGAAGAAUUUGAUCAUGUGCGGACGCAAAGGGAACUUACAUUUUAUCCGCUUUCCAACACAUUCCAUGCCUAAGUUCAUUCAAAUGGGUAGAGACAAAAAUUUCUCCAGUUUGCACACCACUAUGUGUGCCACAGGAGGUGGGGCCUACAAAUUUGAGGAUGACUUCAGAAAGAUGGCUGAUUUGCAGCUUCUCAAACUGGAUGAGUUGGACUGUUUAAUCCAAGGUCUGCUUUACAUUGAUUCCGUUGGGUACAAUGGCCAGUCUGAGUGUUACUAUUUUGAAAAACCCACUGACCUCGACCAGUGCCAGAAAAAACCGUAUUGCUUGGAUAACCCUUACCCCAUGUUGCUGGUCAACAUAGGUUCAGGAGUCAGUAUCUUGGCUCUUUAUUCUAAAGAUAAUUACAAAAGGGUGACUGGAACCAGUCUCGGUGGAGGAACUUUCCUUGGCCUCUGUUGUCUGCUUACUGGAUGUGAGACCUUUGAAGAAGCUUUGGAGAUGGCUGCAAAAGGAGACAGUACCAAUGUGGAUAAAUUAGUUAAAGAUAUCUAUGGAGGAGAUUAUGAACGAUUUGGCCUACUGGGAUGUGCAGUAGCUUCCAGCUUUGGUCACAUGAUGAGUAAGGAGAAGCGUGAUUCCAUCAGUAAGGAAGAUUUGGCCAGAGCAACACUGGUCACUAUCACAAACAACAUUGGAUCGAUAGCUCGAAUGUGUGCACUGAAUGAGAAUAUCGACAGAGUGGUAUUUGUUGGAAAUUUCUUGCGAAUUAAUAUGGUCUCCAUGAAGCUAUUAGCCUAUGCAAUGGAUUAUUGGUCGAAUGGGCAACUGAAAGCCUUGUUCUUGGAACAUGAGGGCUAUUUUGGAGCAGUUGGGGCAUUGCUGGAAUUAUUGAAGAUGACAGAUGUCCAUUGAGGUAUUGAGUAGGCCACAACCUUCAGCAAAAUGUGCAAGUAUUCUGAAAACUACUGUCCAGAAAUUAAUGGCGAAAUGAACUCCUCUAACCAAACAAUUAACUAAUCAUUUUCACACACAGUUUUACAGCAGGUCCUGUUCUGCUGCACUGAGACUCAUUUCAAAGGGAUGUUAAAUAACCCACUGUUGUAAAUACUGUAGCUAUUUUAAACUGUGCAAAAUAGCCAAAACCCACUGGUUUCAUGUAUUAAUAUUUGAAAAUAAUUACUGUAUAAAUGUGGACUGAAUUUUUCCCUUUUCUGGGAUGUACUGCCUUGUGAAUGAUCAAACUGUAAUCAUUUAAGUAUUAUUUAUAAAUGACCUGAAAGAUUUAAAUUCUUCCCCAUCUUAUUUCAAACCCUACCCUUGGUUUCAAAUGAAACUACAAAGCUGAAAUAUUGUUAAUAUUGCAGCUCAUUGAUUUUGUUGCCUUUUGUAAAACUGUCCUGCAUAAGAAUUUUAAAUGAUGAUCUUUCUUUGAACACACACACACACACACACACACACACACACACACACACACACACACACACACACACACACACACACAUUUGUGACCACUGGCAGAUGUGCUAGUAUAAAGACCAGCUUAAAAAGCCUAUCAUUUUGUGAUGUGCCCAUUUUAUGGAUAAAAGUGCUUAUCUGGUCACAACAAUGCUUUUUUGUAAAAUCACUAUUUUGGUCACAUUAAUGAAGGAACCUUCCCACAAAUGUGAAGCUGCUUUGAUAAUAAUGCUGUUUAUUCUUAAAGAAAACCACUUCUUUAAACUACUGUAUGACUGAAAAUUCAUCAAACUAAAUAAUUGAACUGUGAUAGCUCAUUAUCUGAUAUGUUAAACCUACUUAAAAACAAUCCUAUCAUUGUGCUCGAUAUUUUUGAGUAAAUACCUAAUGUUUAGGGUGUAUCUGAUCAUUGAACUUAAUCACAGGAAAUGUACACAGGGAAAGGUGCCGGUGUUGAAUUUCAUGUCUGUUAAAUAUAAACUUAUUUGUGGUAUGUAUUCCAUGAUCAUUUGAUACCAUGUUUCUAAAAUGACCAGUUAUGUUGCGGACUUUUUUAAAGUCAUUUAAUAUUUGUGAAAAGAUUUGUUUCUUUUUAUGUUUUAUUUCCAUAAUGGCAGGAGGUGCAUAGUUUUGGCUUUGUAAUAUUCUUGCACUUGAUUUCAGUUGGAAUAUCCAAACACUUGUGGUAUGUAGCAUGUUUUAUCCAAACACUCUCUUUGUUUUCAUUGCUUACCUGUCUUCAUCAGUUUGAUCAUUCCACAUAAAUGCUAGUGUAAUUAGUCAUUCUACCUCUGUUUCUCUCUUGGUUGCAAACACCACCCCGCCCCCAAGGCUUUAUUUUCCUUCAUUUCCCUUGACACGUUUUCACUCUCUUUGAUUAUCCAUUUUCUUUCUACCAACAUUGCUCUUGCCCUUUAGAAGAGUUUAAUGUUGGUGGAAAGAAACAUAAGCUGGGGUCAGCUUGUUAAAGGCCCAACCAGUCACCUUCCACUGCAUCCUCCACCAGGUAAACUUAUUCCCAUUUGAACCUCCUUUGACUCUACUCACUUUAUCCAGAGAGAGCAUGUCAAUAUGGGAUUUUCCAUGGAUCUGAAAUGUUAACUGUUCCUUUUUCUGCAGAUCCUGCCUGAUCUGAGUAUUCCCAGCAUUUUUUUUAUUUCAUAUUUCCAGCAUGUCUAUUUCUAUUCUAUUUUACGUGUAUUUGUGUUUUUAAAAAUAAGUAUUAUUGACUAAGAAAAAUAUGUACUUUGCCAUUUAUGGAAACUUCCAUAUGUGUACUUUAGACUAAUUAAGUUUGCCACCAGCAUUAAUCCCUGGAUUCCAGUGAACAAGGACCUUGAAAUUAACUGGAUGGAAUAAGUGAGGUUAGUUGCAAAUUUACUUGACGAUGUGACACUAAUUAAAAGGAUAUUUCAAUGUCCAUUUCUGGCUUUUGGUCUGUUUCAUGUUGUUUUUGGAAGAGCAUUUAAAAUGCGACUAUACAAUGUAUGUUCUAAGCAACUGAAAAGAACAUAAUUUACAUUUUUUUCAAUGUCCAUUUCUGGCUUUUGGUCUGUUUCAUGUUGUUUUUGGAAGAGCAUUUAAAAUGCGACUGUACAAUGUAUGCUCUAAGCAACUGAAAAGAACAUAAUUUACAUUUUAAAAUAAAGUCUUAAAGUAU